AUAUAAAUUCAUGUUUCACAUUUGUGAUCACAAUUUAUUAUUUUCUACAAAUUGUUUGAUUAUAUUAUUAAUAAAACCAUCGCCGCCAGCUCAUCAUCUCAAUCAUCCUCAUCUCAGUCAGCAGACUCAGCACCACCUUCCCGUUUUAUAGCUAUCUAUAUAUCUCACCUCCCUCUUCUUCAUCAAUCUAACAUUCCAUUUUUUCAUCAAACAGUGUUAUAAUUUGUUGUGAUUUCAUUAAAUGGGUGAAUUUAAAGAGAAACUAGUAACCCUAUACAAGAGUAGAUGGUUCGUUUUUGUUGGAGCAAUGUGGUUACAGUCGUGGGCGGGUAUUGGGUACUUGUUUGGAAGUAUUUCGCCGGUGAUUAAGAGCUCGCUUGGUUAUAAUCAAAAGCAGCUUGCUAUGUUGGGGGUUGCCAAAGACCUUGGUGAUUGUGUGGGAUUUGUAACGGGGAUUUUGUGUGAGGUUUUGCCUAUUUGGGGGGCUUUGCUUGUGGGGGCUUGUUUGAAUCUCCUUGGGUAUGGAUGGGUUUGGUUGAUUGUUACUGGCCAAGCUCCUACUCUUCCUUUAUGGGCUAUCUGUAUUCUUAUAUUUAUUGGAACAAACGGUGAAACCUACUUCAACACAGUUUCAUUGGUAUCCUGUGUGCAAAAUUUCCCGAAAAGCCGAGGUCCUGUCGUCGGUAUUCUAAAAGGCUUUGCUGGUUUGAGUGGUGCGAUAUUGACACAGAUAUAUGUACUUAUACAUUCCCCUGAUCACGCAUCAUUAAUAUUUAUGGUUGCUGUUGGUCCAUCCUUGGUAGCAAUUGGUCUUAUGUUCAUUGUUAGACCGGUCGGAGGUCACAAACAAGUGCGUCCAUCGGACGGAAAAUCGUUCACACUUGUCUAUGGUGUAUGCCUCUUGUUGGCUGCUUAUAUGAUGGGAGUUAUGAUUGUUCAAGAUUUAGUUGAUCUGAGUGAAACUGUUAUCACAAUUUUUACUGGUAUCCUCUUUCUGAUUCUCCUCACCCCAAUUGUGAUUCCUCUGUCGUUAACUUUCGGACCAGUUGAAAAACCUCUAGAGGAAGAAGCACUUCUAGAACCACAAGGACAUUCACAACUUGAUUCUGAUGAAGUAAUAUUAAGUGAGUUGGAAGAUGAGAAGCCUAAGGAUAUGGACUUGCUCCCUGCAUUGGAAAGACAGAAACGUAUAGCGCAUUUACAAUCGAGAUUACUACAAGCAGCUGCAGUAGGAGCUGUUAGGGUUAAGCGGAGAAGAGGACCACAUAGAGGAGAAGAUUUUACGUUGAUGCAAGCUUUGAUUAAAGCUGAUUUUUGGCUUCUUUUUCUUUCCAUGGUCUUAGGUUCUGGAUCUGGUUUGACCGUAAUUGAUAAUCUCGGUCAGAUGAGUCAAUCUCUAGGUUAUGACAAUGCACAUAUAUUUGUCUCCAUGAUCAGUAUUUGGAACUUUCUUGGACGUGUUGGAGGUGGCUACAUAUCCGAGAUUGUUGUCAAGGAUCAUACAUAUCCAAGACCAGCUGCAUUGGCUGCAUUUCAACUAGUUAUGACUAUUGGUCAUCUUUUCAUCGGCAUGGGAUGGCCGGGUUCAAUGUACGUUGGCACUUUACUAGUUGGACUUGGUUAUGGCGCACAUUGGGCAAUUGUUCCAGCUACAGCCUCUGAAUUAUUCGGUUUGAGAAACUUUGGUGCAUUAUACAAUUUCCUCACACUGGCAAACCCAGUUGGAACUCUCGUCUUCUCUAGUCUCAUUGCUAGCAGAAUCUAUGACCGUGAAGCAGAAAAACAAGCUCAUGGUGGCGGACACUUGAAUUUAGGAUCGAUUGUCUCUCAGGCUCUUAAUAGUGGCGAGCAGCUAAAGUGUGAAGGUUACAUAUGCUUCUUCCUGACUUCAUCUAUCAUGGCAGGAUUAUGCAUUGUUGCGACUGCCUUAAGCAUGUUUCUCGUGUUCCGAACAAGGAUUGUUUAUGCAAACUUGUAUGGAAAAUCUUCUAUGAGAAACCUUCUAUAAUUUUGAAAUUUUUGGACCAAGUAUUUUGGUGUCCAUUAUUAUAAUUUAGAAGUAUUUAUAGCCGGUUUGAGUCAAAGAAAGAUUGAAGAUGUAGAAGCAAGAAUCUGAAUAAUGUUUGUGUAUUUUUUGUGGAAAACCAAAUGGAUUUGCUAGCAACUUCCUGAUGUUUGUUUGUUUUUUUGUGGAAAACCAAAUGGAUUUGCUAGCUACUUCCUCAUGAUUGUGUGUAUUUUUUUGUAAGUUAUUUUCAAUGAUAAGAAAUAGUAAUUAUUA